UAGAUCUCACGCCAGGGGGCGGAUAUUGAGGAUGGACUUGGAGCGUAUCGAUGGCUUACAGAGAGACAAGAAGCGCUUGGUGACAACCGACAUCUGUGUUAAACGAGAGAAGGAAUAUCUUCUGCAGGAAUUGGCCGCUACCACACAUUUCCGCACCCACACCAGUCUGGAAGUCGACUGCUGUGACGCCUUAUUAAGGACUGUCUACAAUAAAGCCUUGGGUGAAUUUCAUCUGCCUGUGAAGCAACUAUCUUCAGGAACAAAAAACAUAGAUUCAACUCAGCUAAAGGUUCUAUUCCUGCAGGUAAGCUGCCACCAGUUGGUAGGACGAAUGCUGUCGAAGAAAAAAUAAAUGGAUUACGCAGAUUUUACCAUGAUUAUAGCUUCUCAUAUGCUCUGUA